CCGAGUAAGAGAAUCGAGUCUGCUGAUGGUCCGGCAGUAAAAUUUGAGUGAAUUAUUACACUAUAUUGUAUUUUUGAAAUGUUUAAUGUAAAAUAAAAAUUCCUGUAAUUCGUUUAUUUUAAGUUCUUCUGAAGUAUUUUUCACGACAUUAUUCAGAUUUUUUUUUGUGCAGCUUUAAACAGCUGUGCACAAAUGGCUAUGAGAUUUGUGAACACCAUGUUCUUUACAUUCAUACUUUUAUGGAGUAACAUUAUGUUGUGUGUAACAGCUGAUGAGAGUAUGGUGUUGGUCUCUGGUGGGAACAUGAAAAUAGGAACAAAUGCUGCUGAUGGCCAAGACGGCGAAUCUCCUGCCAGAGCUGUGAAAGUCGAGACGUUUAAGAUGGACAAAUAUCCUGUAACUAACUCCGAUUUUAGGGAAUUUGUCAGAUUGCAAAAAUAUAAAACAGAGGCUCAAACAUUUGGAUGGAGUUUUGUGUUCCAGGAUUUUGUGUCUGAGGAGCUGAAAAGCAAAAUCACUCAGAGAAUUGAGUCUGCACCCUGGUGGUUGCCAGUCGAGAAAGCAUUUUGGAGACAGCCAAGUGGACCAAAUUCUACCAUCAAAGACCGUCUAGACUCUCCGGUUGUGCAGGUGAGCUGGAACGAUGCUCAGGCUUACUGUAAGUGGAAGAAGAAGAGGCUGCCCAGUGAAGAGGAGUGGGAAAUAGCUGCACGUGGAGGGCUGGAUGGAAGGAUGUACCCAUGGGGGAACAAGUUCCUCCAAAAUCGCACCAAUUUGUGGCAGGGGUCUUUCCCAGAAAGGGACACAGCUGAAGAUGGUUAUCAUGGUGUAGCUCCUGUAACUGCGUUUCCUCCGCAAAAUAAUUACGGACUGUAUGAUAUGUUGGGUAAUAUUUGGGAGUGGACAUCUACACGUUUUACUUCGCCUCAGAUGAUGUAUGUACUGCGCGGUGCGUCAUGGAUCGACACAGCUGAUGGAUCAGCCAAUCACAGGGCACGUGUCACCACCCGAAUGGGGAACACCCCAGAUUCAGCAUCAGACAACUUGGGCUUUCGCUGUGCUUUGGACAUCAAGAGCAAAAAACAGAGCAAGAGCAAAGGAAAAACUGAGUUGUGAGGACCUAAUGGAUAAAACAGUGAUUAUGUAAACAGUCAGACACUUUACUAAUGCAUCUCUCCUGUGGAGACCAGAACCAGACAUUGAUUAUGGAAAAUCAUUCCACUUAACACUGAGAAAAUAAAAACAGCAUUUUUUAACGUCCUUGUUCAUUAUUAUUAUUAUUAUUAUUAUUAUUAUUAUUAUUAUUAUUAUUAUUAUAUAUUUUUAAAACUGUUUUUAAAAUGUAAUAACUGUAGAUUCUACAUAUAUGCUCAAUGCUCAGCAGCACCAAAGAUUAUUUUAUUCAAAAUUCUUUUGCUCUAUAUUGAAAUUGCCGUACCUGAUCACAAUUAUUCAGACAAUUUAGGAGCAUGAGUCCAUGAUUGGGACGCCAAAAUAUUGGUAAUAAUCUUUCAACACUGAAUCUCUGGCAACCUGCAUUUUACCCAUUAAAUUGUUAAAUCUUAGGCUACUAUCAUUUUUUAUUUUUUAUUAGCAAAUAGACAAUUUACUUUUUAAUAAGUUACUUUCAAUCUAAAGUUUUGGUAACAGGAUUGUACAUAUUGUUGAAAAUAAA